CACCAGGAUCGCGCCGCGGGACCAGCCCCGGGACCCCGCCCUGCAGGCAACGGCUGGGCCCCGUCGCCCCCACGCGCCUUGGCCUUCCGCGCGGCGCGCGUCACUUCCGGGUGCGAGCGAGGAGAAGAUGGCGGCGCUGGGGGAGUCCGUGCGGCUGGAGCGAGACAUCUGCAGAGCUAUUGAGUUGCUGGAAAAAUUGCAGAGGAGUGGAGAAGUACCACCACAAAAACUGCAGGCUUUGCAAAGGGUCCUUCAAAGUGAGUUCUGUAAUGCUGUGAGGGAGGUAUAUGAGCACGUAUAUGAAACUGUGGACAUCAGCAGUAGCCCAGAAGUGAGAGCUAAUGCUACAGCAAAGGCCACAGUUGCUGCAUUUGCUGCCAGUGAGGGUCAUUCACAUCCCAGAGUUGUUGAACUGCCAAAAACAGAAGAAGGUCUUGGAUUCAACAUUAUGGGAGGCAAAGAGCAAAACUCUCCAAUCUAUAUCUCUCGAAUUAUCCCAGGCGGUAUAGCUGAUAGACAUGGGGGACUGAAACGUGGAGACCAGCUUCUUUCUGUAAACGGAGUGAGCGUUGAAGGAGAACACCAUGAAAAAGCAGUAGAACUGCUGAAAGCAGCUCAAGGAAAGGUUAAGUUAGUUGUACGUUACACACCAAAGGUCCUGGAAGAGAUGGAGUCACGAUUUGAAAAAAUGAGAUCGGCAAAACGCAGGCAACAGAACUAAUACUGUACAUUAUAAUUUAUGGAGAAAAUUAUACUUGGUUUUACAAUUAAUAGUUUGAUUUGUGACCUAACAACAUGAACUGCCCUAAACUAUAAAAGAUGCUAUCCUUUAAAAAAAAAAUCUGUUUGCAAUUUUAUAAAUGCCUUCAUUACUAACAUUGCUUAGUUCUAAAACACCCAAAUGCUUCUUGAAAAAAUAGUUUACACAAGCAUUUCUAUCCAGUUGUUCUUACAGAUCUUUUGCAAAUAAAUCUUUAACUGUGAGACAAAUUUAUAGACUUUUUUAAAUGCAUUUUUAAUAAGAUGUACUUCUACAUUUGUAACAUUCUUUUUUCUAAAGAUUUUCAUUUGGCAUUACUUUAAAAUUGAUGAAAGUCUUCUUAAAAAAAAUUUGAGCUUACUGAUUAAAAAUCAAAGACUUUUACCUAUGAAGCUUUUGGCACUUUUCUUCUUAAAAGCAUACUGUACAUCAGCUACAUAAAGCUAAGCAUGACUUAUUGUGUAGUUGGUAAUAAGUACUGGAUUUUGUAAUUUUUGAUGAGUGCAUUGUUUUUACAUAUGUGGUAGGUCAUAACUCAGUAUGAUAAAUACUAAUUUGGAAAUUUUGUUACCUCGUCUGUAAAUAAUUUACAAUGAACAUUCACUUAGUGAUUUUUUUAAUAAUUGACAUCUAAAAAUCUGGAACAAUCAUUCCUAUAAUUUAUAUUAUUUUAUACUAAUUUUUGAGCAGUUAGAGAAAAAUUGUAUAUUGAUUGCUAUUCAUCUUGAUUGCAUCCAUGUCUAUUCGUAUUCAGAAAAAAAGUACAAUAUAUUUAAUGCAAUGCAGAAAGAAUUUCAUAUGUAUUUCCCUGCCUUUUCCACUUCUUGUUUUAAAAGGUAUUUGUCCUAACAGGAAUUUGAAUUUAUCCAAUUGCAAUCCUAUCAUUUAUAGAGAUGAGUCACACAGGAUUGGGGGCAGUUAAUACUUAAAUUAAUAAAGAUUUUCCCUUUUGCGAGACUAAACAGUGGUGUGGGAUAUCCUGGUUGACGGCUACAGUGACCUGCAAAAGUUAACAAACCUCACAAAAUUAUCUGUAAGAUUCCAAAAGAAGAAAAAUAUUGAUAACGUAUUUUAACAAAACGUGAUUUACUAUUAGCUACUUCUAAUCUAGAGAAAUCUGAUUCUUUUAGUUCCUAGUCCAGAAUGAGCAGCAUCAUAAUAUACCAUGAAUAGAGAAUGUGGUGUUACCUGCUUUGGGGUAGGAACGAGAAAAUCUGCAGAUCAGAUGCGAAGUGGCUAAUGACUCUCUGUUGUGGUGCAGUGUUAUUUUUAAGCACAGUUGAGAUGAUUACAUUUUUGAACAGCUACAUAUUUCUUGGAAUCUACCAAGUUCUGGACUGUGCCCUUUCUUGUAAUGACUUCACCUCUUAGUAUACACCUAGAGGUAGCUUGACAGUACACUGGGUGUCUGUUCAAUUGAAAGGCAGCUUUAAGUGCAUCCUACUGACUGUAAACAAGUAAGUUCUUAGAGGCUUAAACUGAAAAGUGCAGUUCUGAGUGUCUGGCUCAUCUCUAAUCUGUGUUCACAUGGAACAAUAUGAAGUCAGUUGUAAACUUAAUGCCACUGUAUGAAAGAUGGUAAAAGGUUAAAAAUUUUAAAAAUAAUGGCAUGAAGUUUAUGCUUAGCUGGCCCAGUGUAUAAGUAAUAACACUUGCAUGGUUGCUACAAGCAAGUUAGAAAUGUGAACCCUUUCUGGAUGUUUGUAAGCAUUGUAAGACUUUAAAGAUAAUAUUUUAAAGAUUUUUGAGAGUAGAGUCUGAAACGCAAUAUGAAUAUUUAUCAAUUAGAUGAUAUUGAGCACUGAAUUGCAUGGUUGAGUAUCGUUAGCCUGUUUCAGAAGGCUACGUCUUACUAGUGGGACCAUGUUUUGAACUGUAUAUUUUUAUGGAAUGGUUAAUGUUUAAAAUAUUUAGACCAAAAUCAGUAGUUAGGCCAAUCAUGGAAAUGUUUUAAUUUAAUUGUAAAAUAGUAGAGAAUUGUUUUUAGAGCUUUAUAUAUUAAAGAGAAGUAUGAGUACAAGUAAAGACAGUAAUAUGUAUUAUAAAACUUGUAUACCUUGUGUUACUGGGUAAAGCAAUGUGUUUUGUUACCCUAAAGAAAUAUUUACUUUAGUGUAGCUGGAGCUGCUAUAGGUAAAUGCAUUAGCAUUUCCAUUAUAAACUAUGGCUUCUAAAUUCACUAUAUCAACUGUUCCAAAACUCUUUGGGUUGAAGCCUGGCAUACAUGCUAUUGUAUGUGUGUGUUGGGGGGUAGGUUAAUUAAAAAAACAAUUGAAAUUACCUUUUUCUGUUGUUCUAAAAUUGCAAUUAUUACAUUAGCAGUCUGUCGUCUUGCAUGGUCUGAAAACUCUCUGUAAUUUUUAAAGUAAGGAUGGGUUAAAAAUCACCAAGAAACUUACAUUCUUAACUACUACUGAGUAGGUGCAGGGGCUGCACUGUGUUAGUACACAGUCCAUACACGUGCAAUACUUGGGCACACCAUCAUGAGUUAAGGACAGAAAUAAUUUCUGUGGAUGAUGUUAUGCAUCUGUUGCUGUUGAGAGUCCCUGGAUUUUAGGAACACAGAAAAUAAAGAGGUGGAAUUACA